AUGAUGGAUAUUGAACUCCGACUUUCAGCAUGGUUCACCUCCCUCCCCCGGUCAGCAUUCUGGAUAGCGGACCCAGCCACCCUGCCAUACCAACCGGAGAUUCCGUUUAUGGAAACGUUUGCGUUUAGGGAUACACAGACUGGGCUUGGGUUGUUGUUUUACUGGUCGGGGUUGGUGCUGCUUUGGCCGAAGAUGUGGAGGCUGUAUUGGGUUUUGUUUGAGGCGGUAAUCGACGGCCCAAUAGGGGUGGAAGUUACUUUAUCCGGGAAGCUAGCGGGCGUUGACCCGAUGAGGUGGGGGUGGAAGGAGACGAGGGGGGUGGCAGAGAGUGUCUGUCGGGGGGGAUAUUGGGUUUUGCAGGGGGCUGCGCAGCCGGAUUUGGUGGGGUGGGUUGUUGAGGUUCUGGACUGGUUUUAUGGUGAGCUGCCGGGGAUGAUGACGGGGUGGGAUGAGGGGGUUAUGGUUGGCGGGGACGGGAGGUUGGAGAUGGGGUGGGUGAGGGGGUUGAGGGAGAGGGUGCAAGGAAGGGGGAGGGAUAUUGGGGAGGUUGUUGGGGGGAGGGGGUGGGUUGAUUAUGUGAGUUUUUGA